UUUUCUGUGCAGAAAUGCUCUGUCAAUUGAUGAGUACACUAGCUACUUUGAUGCCAUUGAUCCACUGGCACCGUACAAGAGAUGGACAACUAAGCCAGGCAUUGACCAGAAUAUCACUUCCAAUGAGAUGGCGAAGAGAAAAAUUGCUGUGCAAACACAAAGAGUUCAGGCAGCAUUUGUAGUCAGUGAUUCUGUUGACUGGAGCAGAGAUAUUCAGGUGCUCUGUGACGUAUUGAGAACUGGAGCGCUUCCUGGAAAGGAGACUAAUAAGCAACCGCACCUGUUUUUUGCAAAUGAUGACCUAGAAUACCAGGCUACUUUUCUUGCUGAACGUCUGGGUAUGGGAGCUUUCAGAAUUGCGUUAGAAGCAAUCUAUAACAGAAUACAUCCCAUUCCGCUGGCGUAUACAUCAUACGGGAAGCCAAAUCCAUUUGUUUAUGGAAAUGCUGAGACAGUGUUAAGGAAUCUUAUGCCAUCUUUGUUAAGCAACCUAGAUGUGGAGAAUACUACAAACUCUGGAAUUCGUUGUUUCAAAACCCUAUACAUGAUAGGAGAUAAUCCAAAAAUCGACAUUAGAGGCGCACGACAGGCAGGAGAUCCUUGGUUUUCUAUAUUAACAAGGACUGGGGUAUUCAAGGGAAAAGAUAAUCAUUCAGAGUUCCCUGCGGACUUGGUGAUCUGUGAAUUCCAACUUGGUUGGAUGAAACAUGACCGAACGAACCCUUUCCCUAUUCAGCCUAGCAAAAUGUUGUGGAUACUGUUGAGGAUGCUGUCGACUUUAUCUUGAGAAAAGAGCACGGUUCUUGACAUCACCUAGAUGAAAGAUGCCUUUUCUUUCUUUGGUAUCUGAACAAUCGUCAAUUCUUUGGAAGGCGAUACGAUCUUCCAUUCUGUGUUUUCCCUACCAUAAAAAGUAACUACCAUUAGCUAGUCUUCUAUUGGUUUUGCUCGUCAUGUAUGUAUGACGUUCCUUGAAGGCAGUCCACAUCCCAUUUGAAUUAGGUUAGAUCAAAUGAAUAAUUUAUGGUUCUUCUUACUCUUUUCUCGA